GAAGUGCGGCAGGAGGUGGCAGAGUGGGUGGCAUCAGGCAACAAACGGCCUCACCUGAGCGUGGUUCUGGUUGGCGAGAAUCCUGCAAGUCACUCCUAUGUCCUCAACAAAACCAGAGCAGCUGCCGACGUGGGUGUGUGUCGCCCUCAGACCCCGACUGCUGUUAAAUUGAGACUUGUUGAUGAGUUUCUGACUGAGGUGGUUGAGUAUUUGGUGGAAGAGACCUCAGUGACGUGGCCUAGAACACAGUCAUGGAUUUGAAGGAAAAGAGUCUUACUUGUUUGAAAUAGCCUUUGAUUUCUUCACCAGUUGGUUCCAAAGUCAAUUAAAUCAUGCAGCUUAGAGGAAUCAACAGUGAGACAAUUGUGAAACCAGCUUCAAUUUCAGAGGAAGAACUGUUAAAUUUAAUCAAUAAACUAAAUAAUGAUGAUAAUGUCGAUGGCCUCCUUGUUCAGCUGCCUCUUCCAGAACACAUUGAUGAGAGAAAGAUCUGCAAUGCUGUUUCUCCAGACAAAGAUGUUGAUGGCUUUCAUGUAAUUAACGUAGGGCGAAUGUGUUUGGACCAGAAUUCCAUGUUACCAGCUACUCCGUGGGGUGUGUGGGAAAUAAUUAAGCGAACAGGCAUUCCAACCCUAGGGAAGAAUGUAGUUGUGGCUGGAAGGUCAAAAAAUGUUGGAAUGCCCAUUGCAAUGUUACUACACACAGAUGGGGCGCAUGAACGUCCGGGAGGUGAUGCCACUGUCACAAUAUCUCAUCGAUACACUCCCAAGGAGCAGCUGAAGAAACAUACAGCUCUUGCAGAUAUUGUGGUCUCUGCUGCAGGCAUUCCAAAUCUGAUCACAGCAGAUAUGAUCAAGGAAGGAGCAGCAGUUAUUGAUGUGGGAAUAAAUAGAAUUCAAGAUCCCAUAACUGCUAAGCCCAAGUUGGUUGGAGAUGUGGAUUUUGAAGGAGUCAGGAAGAAAGCAGGUUAUAUCACUCCAGUCCCUGGGGGCGUCGGUCCCAUGACAGUGGCCAUGCUAAUGAAGAAUACCAUUAUUGCUGCAAAAAAAGUGCUCAGGCUUGAAAAGCGGGAAGUACUGAAGUCUAAGGAGCUUGGAGUAGCAAGUAACUAACUGUUGUGUCUUCUGUGUCAUGAACAGCACUCCAAACCAGUUCAAGAGGUAACCCAGGCCAAUAGAAAUGCAAUAUUUAUUUAUUCUACUUAAAUGGUUUAAAACAGGGGUCUCCAACCCCCAGGCCUUGGACCGUACUGGACCGCGGCCUGUUAGGAACCGGGCCGCACAGCAGGAGGUGAGCAGCGGGCGGGCGAGGAGGUGAAGCUUCAUCUGCUACUUCCCAUGGCUCGCAUUACCGCUUGAACCAUAUCCCCUCCACACCCUCCAUCGUGGAAAAAUUGUCUUCCACGAAACUGGUCCCUGGUACCAAAAAGGUUGGGGACCGCUGGUUUAAAACUGUGCUUUGUAUUUAUUGCAUGCUUAAAUGGGUGGGUGUUUGCGCACCUAGCUCUGCAGUAACCCACCAGCGAGCAUGCCACUAUCGUGCUGGGUCCUGCGACCCAGCCAAGAGAAGCCAUCAACCUGCUGAUGAGCAGGGGCACACUGUCACGUUGAGAAUGGCUGCCUAACUUUGUCAAGCCACUUGAAUUAAAAUUUGUCUUUUUUUAGGAGGGCAGCUAUGCUCACCACUAUACCACCAGCACUGCACAAAUCUGUCUUUUCUUCGACUGCAUUUCCCAAGUGCUAUUCCAAUAAUGAGUUGAUACUCACUUUCGGUUCCAAACCUUUUGAGUUCAACUGAUCAAACCAAAGGAAAAAUGUUGCUAGAGAUAAUUAGGGAAAAGGUAAAAAGAAAGAAAUGGUGGUAAUUGAGUAGAAAAAACAUUACCCUAAUUUAAUAUAUGUAUUGAUUGAUAACCAGAAGAAAAACUACGUGUAAAUAGUCUCCUAAGCUGUUGUUUUGUAGCUUAGUCAUUGGGAAAAUGUUUGGGGUUGUUCCAUUUGCUGUUAACCCCCAUUUUAUGUUCGUUACCAUUCCUGAGGUCUCCCCGUUUUUGUUUUCUAGGAUUGAAAGGCUUAUUUCAUGUUAUUCAUAUAUGUUGUCAUAUUUGACUUUUCCUACAUCUUUAAACUUCAUUGUCAAAUUUUUAUACUGUUGGGGUUGUCUGUAUGGUUUCUUUAUUGUAACUUGAAACCUAUAUUUGGAAAACAUAACUUGGCCUUGAUAAUCAUUAGGGCAGCUUGUAUAAGUAUGCAACUUACUUUUCCACCAAAGAACUGUCAACAGCUGCCUGCUUUUCUCUGAUGCACCUGUUGGCUUUCCUUGAUUGAUUUUUGAGAGCUUGAGUUAAAACUGAAUUUAAUCAGACUUUCUGAUUAAAGGAUUUUUUUUGCUUCAUUUGUUUUUUUUAAAUAAAACACUUCUGACUGGUAUGGAAUGAGUUUUUGAAAUACUGUAUCUUUCUGCUACUAUCUUGUGACCUAAUUUUUCUCAUUGGAUGUAACCAACCUAAAUAUUCCUGUAUUUGGUAAUACCCAAUCUUAUGCCUUAAACAAAUUGGUUUAAAGAGCUGUGGAGAAACCAGCCUAGUCUUUUUAAUCUUAUA